UGUGUGCCAGUGGAGGGAUGAAGAGAGCGGUGUAUGGUCACGCGUGUCCAGUGAGCUCACAUACAACUCUACGCGUUUCAUCAGGAUGAUCUGGGCUCAUCCGAAGGAUAUUAUCUGUCCAGCGAGCACACAAUUGUCUUAACAUCGUUGUUCUUGGACUUAUGGACUACUGGGCCUCUUCCACAACCUUGUAAAUUCUAAAUGUAUUCAUUCUUUUGCUGGGUUUAAAGUUGAUCGAAAACUGUUUUUAAUCCAGUAGGUACAGUUGUAGCCUAAAAGAAAGCGCGUCAAAUUUGAUUGAAGUCAAAGGAAGCAACUGAUAUCCUACAUUGUUUAGAAAUAACACGUAAAAGUUCUUAUAUUAAGGAAUCAGUGCUUUGACUUCAGGGAAAUAAACAUGUCCAGCAGAAGUAUCGAGUGGGAGCAUUUCGAGGAGCGCGAGAAGAGUCACCGGUCUCCGCGCGGCAGCGCCGGUUCUCACUCCGGCGCGCGGGGUAACGGGCUCGUGCCAAGUCCCGCACACAGCGCGCACUGUAGCUUCUACCGCACGCGCACCCUGCAGUCGCUCACCACCGAGAAGAAAGCGAAGAAAGUUCGCUUUUAUCGAAAUGGCGACCGAUAUUUCAAGGGCUUGGUGUACGCGGUGUCCCAUGACAGAUUCAGGUCAGUGGAUGCGCUGCUGAUGGAGCUGACCCGCUCUCUGUCGGACAAUGUAAAUUUACCACAGGGAGUCCGGAGCAUCUACACUAUAGACGGGACAAAGAAGAUCACCAGCCUGGAUGAGUUAAUAGAAGGAGAGAGCUAUGUGUGCUCUUCAAACGAACCCUACCGUAAAGUGGAAUACACCAAGAACGUUAACCCUAACUGGUCAGUCAAUGUGAAAACGGGCACGUCGCGCUCGCUUCCGUCACUUGUCACCACUAAGAAUGAGCAGAGAGAACGGGAGGGCAAAGACUUCAUCAAACCCAAGCUGGUGACGGUCAUCCGUAGCGGCGUCAAACCGCGCAAGGCCGUCCGGAUCCUACUGAACAAAAAAACGGCUCACUCUUUUGAGCAGGUGCUCACAGACAUUACCGACGCCAUUAAACUGGACUCGGGGGCUGUGAAGAGACUCUACACUCUGGAGGGCAAACAAAUAACAGGUUUGCCAGAUUUUUUCGGGGAGGAUGACGUGUUCAUUGCAUGCGGGCCUGAGAAAUUCCGCUAUGCACAGGAUGAUUUUGUGUUGGAUCACAGUGGUAAGGCUUCUGCAGCCUUUCUAACCGAGUGCCGGGUACUCAAGUCGUCUUACGCUCCUCGUUCUCCUGCCCCUGUGAGAUACUCUGGAAGUAAAAGUCCGGGUGCGACCCGACGCAGCAAAUCCCCUGGAUCAGUGAGAAGAACUGCAGGACACUUCUCUAGUCAGUCUCCAGUUAAAUCACCAAUAAAUGGAGCACCCAACAGCCAAAUCACAACCCCCAAAUCCGCCAAAUCCUCCAGCACCUCCCCGACCAGCCCCCGCAGCAUGCGCAACUUUAAGUUUAGUUGCAACAAGCGGAUGGGAGUCCCCCUCCGUCUCACUCGACAGAUUCCAGCACAUCACUCCUCUAUAACCAAUGUGAACGGCUCCUCUGAGCAGCCCCAGCAACAAAACAACAGUGUGAUCCCUGAAGUUAAUGGCAAUCGGAACCUUGCUGCCUCCACUAUUUUGGACAAGUACAACAUUGGCAAAGUUAUAGGUGAUGGAAACUUUGCUGUUGUAAAGGAGUGUGUUGAGCGAUGCACCGGAAAGGAGUUUGCACUAAAGAUCAUUGACAAAAACAAAUGCCGUGGAAAAGAGCACCUGAUAGAGAAUGAGGUGGGGGUGCUGAGGCGUGUGAAGCAUCCUAAUAUAAUUAUGCUGAUUGAGGAGGUGGAUACGCCCACUGAGCUCAAUCUAGUCAUGGAACUUGUGAAGGGUGGAGAUCUAUUUGAUGCAAUCACCUCCUCCACAAAAUACACUGAAAGAGAUGCAAGUGCGAUGGUUUUCAACCUGGCUGCGGCUCUCAAAUAUCUACACAGAAUGAGUAUCGUCCAUCGAGACAUCAAACCUGAGAAUCUGCUGGUGUGUGAGUACGCUGAUGGCACCAAGUCUUUAAAGCUGGGUGAUUUUGGCUUGGCCACAGUGGUAGAGGGGCCGCUGUACACUGUGUGUGGAACACCCACUUACGUAGCCCCAGAGAUCAUAUCAGAGUCAGGCUACGGGUUAAAGGUGGACAUCUGGGCAGCUGGUGUGAUUACCUACAUCCUGCUGUGUGGCUUCCCACCAUUCCGCAGUGAAAACAACUUUCAGGAAGACCUUUUUGAUCAGAUCCUGGUGGGCCGCUUAGAGUUUCCUUCACCUUUCUGGGACAAUAUCACAGAUUCUGCUAAAGAGCUGAUUGGUCAAAUGCUGCAGGUGAAUGUGGAGGCCAGAUACACAGCAGAAGAUGUUCUCUGUCAUCACUGGGUCACUGUAAACGUGGGUGUGAAUGAGGAUACUGCAAUGGAUAACAACAUGAAGAUGGAGGUGGCAGGUAAACUCAAAAAGCACUUUAACUCUGUGCAGAAACAGAGCAACACUACUCCUGGAGUCUCUGUGAUUAUGAACACAGCUCUAGAUAAGGAAACCAUCCAGCUUACUUGUCGUCGCCAGGAUCGCAGUUCCCCUCUAGGAAAGAGCCCCUCCUCCACCCAUCCAGAGAGAAGACGCUCCUACAAGAGAAGGUCGUCUGCCCAAUCGGAGGACUCGAAGAGUACUGCCCCUGUUGAGCCUCUAGCCUCAACAACCCCUAAUGCACCAUCUGCACAGCCUCUGCCCUCCCCUUCCUCCGCCCCACCGUUACCCCCAUCUCCCAUCACCUCGCCCUCCUUCCUCCAAUGCAGUGAGGCUGACGCCAGCAAGGGCUUUCCAAAGGAAGAGUAAUAUACUGACCCACCAAUAUAAAAAUAUAAAAAAUACACUAGGAGAAAACAAUAUAAAAACAAGGCACACUACACACACGCACAUGAAUUAAUAAAUAAAUGGCAACCCUGCAGAUUUUUUAAUCUUCAUCCUAUUAACAUAAUAUGGUUGUAGCUGUCUGUAUAGUGGUCAACUGCUUGUCUCUCCCAGGCUCUGUGCUUAUACUUUAUGCUUUCAAUGUGCAACACCCAUUAAUGGCUUUAAAGACUUAAUGUGCGAUUGAAUAUAUAAAGGUGUAUUGAUCGACACCCCAGCUUAGUAUUUUUUCCACAUCUGUGAGCUAAUGGUUCAGUUAUAAGUAUCAAACGAAUUAGGGUGCUGCUGGGAUUAAGGAUGAUACUUGGAAAAAAAAUUGUAAGAAACUUGUCCUGCUGAAACUUGAAGUUUGUUCUUUUUUCUUUGAGUGUGUUUGAUUAUAGACUGCUUGUCUUCUUUACUCUACUGCUACACAGAAAGGCAACUCACAUUAAAUGCAUGUGGGGCUGAGUGUGUUUUUCUAAGAGGGUGUGCCCACACUACUGUGUUAGAGUAAUUUUGCAGUAGUUUAUAGUUGCCUUUAUAAAAGCCAGCAAACUAAGAAAUCUGUAGGAAUUGUUUAAAGUUAUUUUAUUUUUUGCUAACUUAUUUGUACAGGUUAGAAAUAAUGUGAAAUUGUACUUUUAGAAUAGUUUGAUUUGACGAAAGCAUUAAGUGCACAAUGUUUUAUUUUCUCUGUCCCUAUAGAGCCAACAGAUGCAAUAGUGUGUUCAUUUACAGUCUUUUUGCAUUAGUCAUCAUUUGCUUUGUGUAAUAGUUUCUCUGUACUGUGCCAGUGCUCAGUGGUCCCAGUUCCCAAAAUAUUUAAUGCAUUCAAAAAAGUCUGCACACAAGGAUUUUGAUAAAGCUGAUUGUUGAUAUUGAUGUAUGAUUGUGCACAGAUUUGCAGACUUUUUUACAUGUUUCGAAGGUUUUGAGAAAUGUGGCAGUACGUAAAUAUGGCAAUCUGUAGUGUCAUUGCAAGCUGGAUUUCAUAUGUAAUUUUUAAUAGUGUUCUUCAUCGUCACAAGAAUCAAAAAGAAAUGCAAUAAAUUUGUCUUGUUUA